GUCAGCUGACCGCUGUCUCGGCCGUGUUGUGAAAAUGACGACGCACGACCACCACCUCUUCUCUCUGUGCUUCUGCGACUUAAUGAGGCUGCUGUGGUCCCUGGUGGUGCCCUGCGUCUACCUCAGCCUGUUCCUGACCCUGGUCCUGCUGCUGGUCCUGCUGGGGCUCCGGCUGUGGCUGCAGGGCCGCCGGAAGGCCCGCCGGGCCCGGGACGGGGGCCCGGCCGUGGCCUUCUUCCACCCGUACUGCAACGCGGGGGGAGGCGGGGAGCGGGUGCUGUGGUGCGCCCUGAGGGCGCUCAUGCUCCGGUACCCCGGUGUCUCCUUUGUGGUGUACACGGGUGAUCAGGGCGUGACCGGGGAGCAGAUCCUGGAGGGAGCCCGGCAGCGCUUCAACAUCACGCUGCCUGGCCGGGUCAGCUUCGUCUUCCUGCGUCACCGCGUGCUGGUGGAGGCCGCCUCCUACCCCCACUUCACCCUGCUGGGCCAGAGCGCCGGGUCCAUGUUCCUCGGGUGGGAGGCGUUGACGGCCUUCGUUCCAGACCUGUACGUGGACUCCAUGGGUUACGCCUUCACUCUGCCGAUCUUCCGCUACCUGGGAGGCUGUAAGGUGGCGAGCUACGUUCACUAUCCCACCGUCAGCACCGACAUGCUGUCUGUGGUCCGGGAGCGGAACCCCAGAUUUAACCACGCAGACUUCAUCUCCAGGAACCCGCUGCUGAGUGCCCUCAAGGUGUUGUACUACUGCUGCUUCGCGCUGAUCUACGGCCUGGCCGGCUCCUGCAGCGACGUCAUCAUGGUCAACUCCACCUGGACUCUGGGACACAUCCUGGCUCUGUGGCGCUCGCCGGGCCGCACCAGCGUGGUGUACCCCCCCUGCGACGUCAGGGCCUUCCUGGACAUCCCGCUGGGGGAGGAGGGGGAGGGACAAGAGGAGGAGGAGGAGGAGGAGGAGGGCUGGGAGGAGCUGGGGCGGGAAGAAGAAGAAAAGGAGGAGGACAGGAAGUGCCGCUCCGUCGUGUCGGUGGGGCAGUUCCGGCCGGAGAAGGACCACCAGCUGCAGAUCCGAGCCUUCCGGAAGCUUCUGGACAGGAAGGGGGCGGGGCCCGGCGGCAGGGAGGCGCUGCGCCUGGUGCUGAUCGGCGGCUGCAGGAACCAGGAGGACGAGGAGCGCGUGCUGAUGCUGCGGGGGCUCUGCGAGGAGCUGUCCGUCUCCGACCGCGUCCACUUCAAGGUCAACGUGUCCUUCCAGGAGCUGAAGAGGGAGCUGGGGGGGGCCAGCAUCGGCCUGCACACUAUGUGGAACGAACACUUUGGCAUCGGAGUGGUGGAGUGUAUGGCCGCGGGCACCAUCGUCCUGGCCCACAAGUCCGGGGGCCCCAAGCUGGACAUCGUGGUCCCAUUCGAGGGCCAGCAGACGGGCUUCCUGGCCGACAGCGAGGACAGCUACGCCGCCGCCAUGGAGACCAUCCUGUCCCUGACCCCGGCCGCCCGGCUGGAGAUCCGGCGUGCCGCCCGGGACUCCGUGCGACGCUUCUCCGACCAGGAGUUCCAGACGUGCUUCCUGGCGGCGAUGGAGCCCGUGAUGGGGAAGCUGGAGCGAUGAGGAGCGCUUUUCAUGGCUAACUCGAUAAUCAGGACCAGAAAACGAGCCGCAGUCCUUCUCAGAAAGUAGUCCAGUCACCAUCGGCCGCCGUGCGGUUCAAGUCCAGACGCACCUCCCAUGGAAAGAUCAGCUCCAAACAAAAACUCUGCUCUGGUUCUCGUGUUUUAUCUCGUUUGCACGUGGCUUCCUGCUGAGAGGUCUGGGAAACACACAGAGCCAGAAGCUCAACCAGGUCAUCCAAAUGUAGCACAGGUCUUCACCACACCUCCAGAAACACGGAGAAAUCGUGAUGAAAGCAGAAUCAAAAUGAUUGAAUAGUCCAAAUAAACUUUUUCAGAAUGUACACUUUCGACCCAGUCAGGAUUUUGAGAGGAAUCUCGACAAGCCGAUCCUCCUGCGAGGUUUCACCUCCUCCAGCUGGAAACAUCGUAAAGACUGUUGUAAAAUGCUUCUAAAUCGGACAGUUUUUGUCUUCCUCCUCUUUUUCAUAACCCAGAUGUCUGAGUUUAGACUGAACAGUUUCUAAUCUCUCUGAGGAAAAUGAUGAGAACAUUUUUUUUUAAAGUGCGGUUCUUCAAAGUAUUUAUUUGUGAGUUACAUUCCAGUAAGAAGGAGGUUUGUGUUUCAUGACGGAGUUUAAAAGUCAUUUUUCUGUCAGAGGCGUCAUUUAACUGAUUUCUAUUUAAUGUUCUCUUGAUGUUUUAAGUUAAGGUCAAGUAACUUAAACGUUGCUUCAUGUCCUGCGUUCCUGUUUGUGAUGAGGUCCAGGCACGGAAACACCAGGACAUGUGAGGCUAAAUCUUUAUUUUCACCUUGAUAUGGAGUCUGCAUUACGUGUUUGUUCCACUGAGAAACUGAAAGCUCACUUAAAACAGCUGCAAUAAAAGAGACGUUCACAC